AUGUCUAUUGCCAAAGCAGUUGAGCUUGUACAAAGUCCUAAAACUUGUGUAUCUAUAAAAACAAGAGCGUUAUUUUAUUUGAGAUGCUUAGAUACAGAAGAGGCUGCACUUGCGCUUCAAAAAUGCAUUACAAACACAUCGGUUCUGAUAGACCACGAAAUCGCCUAUAUUCUCGGACAGAUGAAGCAAUCAGCAACAAUACCAUUCCUUUUCAGUUUGGCAAGAAACAAGAACAUCAAUCCAAUUGUAAAGCAUGAAGCUAUUGAAGCUCUUGGUAACUUUGAAGACCAAAAUCUUAUACCGCAUAUUCAACCGUUUUUAAAUGAUCCUAUUUCUAUCAUCAGCGAAUCAGCUGUUUUGGCUAUUAGUAAGUUAGAAGAAUAUAAAUCAAAUAAAGAUUCACUUAGUAGAUAUUAUAGUAGAGAUCCAGCGUAUCCAUUUAAAGGUUCAUUUGAAGAAGCCAUUAGGUUUUUUAAUAGCGAUAAAAUUGAAGAAAAGUACAAGGCAUUGUUUUAUUUUAGAGAUCUGAAUUCAAAGGAAGCCGUAGAAGUUCUAGCAAAAGGUUUCAGAGAAUCAUCCGACUUGUUGAGACAUGAAAUAGCUUAUGUAUUUGGACAGAUGGAGAAUCCACUAGCUGUAGAUGUUCUUAUCAACGUAUUGGAAGAUGAAACGGAGGCAGAAAUAGUUCGUCAUGAAGCAGCAGAAGCACUGGGCAAUAUUGGAACAGAAAAAGCACAGCAACAUCUUCGAAAAUAUCUUGAUUCGGAGAUUACGAUUUUAAGAGAAAGUGCUCGUGUGGGCCUAGGAAUAUAUAACAAUGAUAAUAACGAUUAUGCUGACAUUAGCUUACUUAACUAG